ACCUGUCCACCAACAGCUCCCCACCAUCGUUCACCUCCAUCCUCAUGGCCACGCCAUUCCGGGAGCCUGCGAGCUUCCGGCAUUUCGCCUUCAUUAUCAUCCUCCUCGUCUACCUCGUCACGGUGGUCGGCAACCUUCUGCUGUGCCUUGUCAUCUACCGGGAGUCGAACCUGCACAAGCCGAUGUACGUGCUCAUGGCCCUGCUGUCCGUCACGGACGUGGUAGAGACCACAAACUCCCUGCCGAGGAUCAUGACCAACCUCAUGUCCUACAACAAUGUGUCCCUGUCCGAGUGCAUGACUCAGAUGUUCUUCCUCCACGUGACCAUUAGAAUGCAGGGCUACGUCCUGGCCCUCAUGUCCGUCGACCGCUUCAUUGCCAUCGGGCAGCCGCUACGCUACCACAGCUUUGUGUCGAACGCGCGUGUCACCAAGGCGUUCCUGGCCAUCGUGGCCUUCUCGGUCGUGCCGGGCGUGGGCUACGUGGGCAUGGUGCUGCGUCUGAGCUUCUGCAGGCCGCUGGUGACGUUCGCGCCCAACUGCGACUUCAUGGUGCUCACCAACCUGGCUUGCAGCGACGUCUACUAUAACAUCGUGUACGUGUACGCCAACGUGUUCGUGGCCAUCAUUUUACCCCUGCUCGUGGUGGCGCUCGCCUACUGCCUCAUCCUGUUCGAGUUUCGCAAGAGGAGCCUCCGGCAGAACCAGCGGGCGUUCCAGACGUGCAUGACCCACCUCGUCAUCAUCUGCAUCUACUUCGGCUCCAUAUUGUUCACCAUCGGCAGCGGCCUCCAGUUCUUCUCGGGGAUCGUGCGCGAGGUGCGCGUGCCCCUGCAGUCGCUGCAGUACGUCAUCCCGCCGGUCCUGAAUCCCAUCGUCUAUGGACUCCGCACGGACGCGAUCCGUCGUGGAGUCCUCAAGAUGGUGCGUCGGAAGAUCUCUAUGGCAAAAGCAGAGUUGCCAUAAUCAGUAAUCGGCAUUGUUUUUUUUUGUUUAGACUGGAGGGGGAAUCCGCUGGGCUAUGAAGAUAUUUUUUUGCACAGAUGCUUCAGUCGGUUCACAUAUGCUCCAGUCGGUUAAAAGAUGCUCCAGUCGCUUCACAGAUGCUCCAGUCGGUUAAAAGAUGCUCCAGUCGGUUCACAGAUGCUCCAGUGCGUUCACAGAUGCUCCAGUCGAUUCACACAUGCUCCAUUCGGUUCGCAGAUGCUCCAGUCGGUUCACAGAUGCUCUAGUCGGUUCACAGAUGCCCCAGUCGGUUAAAAGAUGCUCCAGUCGAUUAACAUAUGCUCCAGUCGGUUUACAGAUGCUCCAGUCGGUUCACAGAUGCUCCAGUCGGUUCACAGAUGCUCUAGUCGGUUCACAGAUGCCCCAGUCGGUUAAAAGAUGCUCCAGUCGAUUAACAUAUGCUCCAGUCGGUUUACAGAUGCUCCAGUCGGUUCACAGAUGCUCCAUUCGGUUCGCAGAUGCUCCAGUCGGUUCACAGAUGCUUGCGUCUAAUGUCGCACCAUCCAAUCUUAAUCUGAUUAUAUCUCAUCCGGUUCUUUUCGAUCUGGUUAUGACUAACUAGCGCGCAACGAUCUGGUUGCAAUCUGAAUCCAGUCCGUGUCCAGUCUUUUUGCUUCGCAAUCAAGUGUCGUAACGGUCAGUUCUGGAAUCAAGGAGUAUCUUCAAAUCUUGUUCCACCUGAUCUGGAUAUCCAAUGAGCACAGCUUUAUAAUUCUGCAGAUAAUACUAUCGUUCACAGUGGGUAGAUUUUGGGAACUCGAUGGAUUUGUUUACCUGCCGUAGAUUUUCCCAACAUUCAAGUUGCAAUGGCCACCCUAGUUUUAAUCUCAUUCCUCCAUUAUAAAUACAUAUUCUGCUUGUGAAUCUCGCAUCUUCACCCUCUGCAAUAUUUGCUUCAAAAUAUUUGAAGGCUUUUUUCUUCUUUGGUUCUUUCGGUAAAGUCACGUAGAAUUAGAAUAAAAUAAUAAAAUAACACAAUAAAAUU